AUGGGUAACGCAGAAAGUAGAGACGAUUCAAACUCCAUGGACAGGAUAUCCGAAUUGCCUAAAGACAUAUUGCACAGAAUACUUUAUUUCCUGUCUCAAAAAGAUGCUGUCCGAACAUCUGUAUUGUCGAAAUCAUGGCGUAAUAUUUGGUGCACUCGUCCCAAUCUUGAUUUUUCGGACGCCACAUUCAAAGGUAACAACAAACAAGAUUUUCUAUCCCUCGUGACCAGGAAUUUACAGCGGUACUGUGAUCAAAGGAUGUGCGUAGAGGAAUUUCACCUUCGUAUAUCGUUACGCGAUCAUUUGGAUCACGAAUCAUCGGUUAUGCUUCUCGAAAGAUGGAUCCCGUUACUCAUAAAUAUGGGUCUGAAGAAGUUUUGUCUUUCCCUUCAUUCGGAACUUUAUUCGACGCGUCUUAGACUGCCCUCCGUAGUCUUUGUAGCCGAAUCGCUCCAAGAUUUGCAUUUGGAAAAUUUCGUGUUGGACCGAAAGACUAUUGAAAGGAUAGUACUUCUGAAGAAUCUACGAUCACUUUGUCUCAGAGAAGAUUGGAUCGAGGACGAGAUUUUUCAGAAGAUAAUUGAUAGCUGCCCUUUGAUCGAAACUUUGGAUGUCGAAGGAUGUUUGAGGUUAAGAACAAUUACGUUGAAUAAUCUUCACCAUCUCAAGUGUAUUUCCUUUUCAGAGAUGUAUGAUUUCACCGGGGAACUUUGCCGAAUCAAAAUCCAUCCCCCAUCUCUUGAAACCAUCAAAAUUAGUUUUGGCAAUCUUAUGUUCCACAAAGGAGCGGAUUUUCGUAAUCUAAAUGAAUUAUAUAUUUUCGAUGCAAAACUGUCAUGGGACCACUUGUCUUCGUGUAAAUUCCCAUGUCUCAAACACUUGUGCAUCGACAGCUGUGAUGGACUCAAAGAAACCCAACUAUUUAUCGACGCACCAAACAUACUCGAUUUCAAAUACGAAGGAGACUUUGUACCAUCCAUCUCUUUCGCAACCACAUUGAAUAAGUGGGAUUCAGAAAUAAACCUAACACAUCUGCAUCCGAACGAUGCUCCCUCUCCGUGGUUCCUCAAGCUAAAUGAACUGCUCAAGUCGUUAAUCCAAUCUGAAAUUGCUCUUUCUAUCAACCGGUUUCACAUGAAUGAUAUUCACGAAGUAAUUCGAGAAAAUAUUAGUAGUGGUGAUAAUAAACCUGAGGUAGAGACACUGAGCUUGCGUUGUGAUAGCUUGAUGAAAUCGUCGCCUUGUCAUUUAUCUCAUAUGCCAUCUCUUUUAAACAAUGUGUUUUCUAUUUGUCGUCCAAGAAACAUCAAUGACUAUUUUCGGAUUAGCGACAACGAGGGCAUGGAAAGGAUCGAGUGUCUGUGGAAGAUUCUAGUGGAGGGAGAAAGUGGCCGAGACGAAGAUGAUCAAUUCAGACAGUUGUGGUCGCAAGAUUUGGAGGAAGUGAGCUUUGAAAUUAAGGAGUGGUAUCUCAAAGAAGAAUGGCGUCCAAUAACUCUGUCGGAUUUGUCGAACUAUCAAGAAAAGGAAUACGGCCGUGUUCGCUUUGCAUUAAAAUGGAGAGGAUUACAGUAA